GGUGCUUAAAGGAUCAAAAGUCAAAACAGUUACCAAUUGCAUCAAUUCGUUGCUAGUAGAAUACCGUUGACUUUAGAAUGCAAAUUAUAGCAUUCCAUAUACCUUAGACUUUAGGACUUAGCACCAAACCAAUAAUCUUUGCCUGUUUCCUGAUAACCAUGAUGUCUUUGGUUGGAUCGUUCCUCUUCAGCAUGGCAGAGUCACUCAUAGCACAACUUGCUUCUCAGGCAUUAGUAGAAGCUUCUCAGGUGCUUGGUGUUUACAACGAUCUUCAACACUUCACACAAACUCUCUCAUACAUCAAAGCUGUGUUAUUGGAUGCUGAACAAAAGCAAAAUCAUGAUUAUCAAAAUUUUGAGCUAAGUGAAUGGUUGUGGCUGGUUAGAGAUGUCUUAUCUGAUGCAAAAAAUGUGCUGGAUGAAGUUGAGUUCGAAAACUUACGGAAGAAAGUGAUCAAAGCGCAUAGCAGCAGCAGAAACAUGAUAAUAACCAAGGUAAAUAACUUCUUCUCCAGUUCUAAUCCACUUGUUUUUCGAUUUAGGAUGGCACGGAAAAUGAAACAAAUAAACACGAGAUUAGAUAAGAUUGCUGCUGAUAGGCACAAGUUUGGUUUUAGUAUAGUUGAUGCUGACAACCAUAUUGUGCAUAGGAGAGAACUUACAUACUCGAGUGUGAUUGAUUCAGAAGUGAUAGGAAGGGAACGUGAUAGGGAAAAGAUCAUAAAACUUUUGAUUCAUCGUGAUAAUAACAAAAAUCUCGCUAUCGUUCCCAUUGUGGGGCUUGGAGGUGUGGGAAAGACCUCACUUGCAAAGCUUGUGUUCAAUGAUGAAAGGAUUGAUGCGUAUUUUCCAUUGAAAAUGUGGGUGUGUGUUUCGGGAAGCUUUGAUAUUAAGCAAGUGAUUAUUAAAAUCAUCAGUUCUGCUAAUGAAUCUAUUGAUGCAACUACUUACCGACAAAAUUUAAGAGAUUUGGAUAUCCAGCAGCUACAAAAUCAUCUUAAAAGUAAGCUUAAAUGUCAAAUGUUUCUACUCGUCUUGGACGAUGUGUGGAAUGAAGAUCGUGUUAAAUGGGUUGAGUUGAAGGAUUUAAUACAAGUAGGCGCGGUUGGAUGUCAACUCUUAGUGACUACACGUAAUCACUCGAUUGCUUCCAUGAUGGGCACCAUUCCCUCUCACAUAUUAGUAGGCCUUUCCCUGGAGGAUUCUUUGUUAGUUUUUGUCAAAUGGGCAUUUAAAGAAGGGGAAGCGAAAAAGUAUCCACAUUUGGUAGAUAUUGGGCGAGAUAUUGUGAAAAAAUGUGGAGGAAUACCUUUGGCAUUGAGAACAUUAGGGAGUUCACUAUUUUCAAAAUACGAUACAGAUGAGUGGGAAUGCGUAAGAGACAACCAAAUUUGGAACUGCCACAUUCGGAAUGCAGAAGACACGGGCAACAUUUUACAUGCACUUAAGUUAAGCUAUUAUCAAAUGCCGUGCUAUCUCAAGGAAUGUUUUGCUUUGUUCUCCCUUUACCCAAAGGACCAUGCAUUUGAUAGUUUUGAUAUAGCAUCCCUUUGGAGAGCACACGAUCUCCUUCCACCACCGAUCAUAAAUCAAACAAUGAAAUACAGUGCUAACCAGUUCUUGUUUGAAUUAUUGUCAAUAUCUUUCCUUCAAGACUUCAUCGACUAUGGUAUUGGUUUUUCUUUUAAAAUGCACGAUCUAGUUCAUUCUUGUGCUGCAAGAAUUGCACUGGUAGAAUGCAAACUUGUAACGGAUUCCAUUGAAGGAAGGCGCAGGGUCUUUGUUCGACAUCUGUCUUUCCCCGAAAACAAAGGACUUGACAAAUUUCCCAUUCAAAGAUUUAAAAAACUGAGAAGCAUACUAUUUCCGACUGCUGGAAUUGGAGCCAACAGUGAUGCUUUCUUGGUUGCGUGCACGUCAAGCUGCAAACAUCUACGAUUUUUGGAUUUAAGUGAUUCUACGUAUGAGACCUUGCCUCAGUCCAUUGGCAAGUUGAAACAUUUAAGAUAUCUCAGUCUUGAGAAUAAUAGGAAUCUUAAGAGACUUCCUGAUUCUAUUUGCAACCUUGUAAUGUUAGAAAUGUUGAUACUUAGUGGAUGUACUGAACUUGAUACACUGCCUAAGGGUUUGAGAAAACUGAUCAGUCUCCAACAUUUGGAGAUAACAACAAAGCAGUUUGCUUUACCUGAGGAUGAGAUUGCAAACUUGAGUUCUCUUCAAACUCUCAGAAUCGAGUUUUGCAACAAUCUUGAAUCACUGUUUGGAGAGAUAAAACUCCAUGCUCUCAAAGUAUUGUGUGUUGCUAAUUGCAGGAAUCUAAAGUCGUUGCCACUUGAUAUUGAACAUGUUCCUGCAUUAGAGACUCUUCUAGUUGACAACUGUGACACAUUGGAAUUUUCAGAGGGAUGUGAGGACCAAAUCUCCGACAUGAGGUUGAAGGUUCUAACAAUUGUUUCUCUGCACCAGUUGGUGACUUUGCCUCAUUGGCUUCAAGGGUCCGUGAAUACAUUACAAUACCUGUCAAUUUCAAGCUGCAACAAUCUUGUGGUACUUCCUCAGUGGCUUUCAGCUAUGAAUUGUUUGAAAACAAUUUGUAUCACAGGUUGUCCUAAUAUAAUGUCUUUUCCCAAUGACAUUCAUCGCCUCGCCACCCUCGAACGAUUGGAAAUUGAUGGUUAUCCUGAAUUACUUAGAAAAUCUCAGCAGGAAGUUGGAGAGUCUUCUCACACACACAGUACCACUAACGAGCCAGAUGAAGUGGAAGAAGAACUGGAGUGAUAGCAAACGGCAUGUCUAAGUGUACCAUCGGAGCAAGGAACGAAAAAAGGGGAGAAUUAAAUUAAAGGCAUGCAGAACAAGGCUCAAGGAUUAGCAUCAUAAGCACUUCUUAGGCAGUUGUACCAUAUCUGAUGGCUGUUUCUCAAACUUUAAUCUUAUCUAUGUAAUUUUGUGAUUAUAAACUUUUUCAUCUUAAUAUUUGAUUUAGUUUCCAUUUUCAAAAUUAUUCAGUUGCUUUCUAUUAGUUACAACAUACAAAUAGUAAAUUAACAUUUGUUGCUCUUAUUAGUUUGGCGGUUUUGCUUUUCUUUGAGGCAAUAAGAAUCGAUGAAAUUGUUAUAUAACAUUUUCAGAUUUCCAAUGAUCUUUGUGAUGGCAACUAGACUAUGCCAAACUGAUGCA